GGUAACAUGCUAGCUAGCUAACAACACAAGCCUGCGAAGUGUUUACUUUUGUGAAACAAUGUAGCUAACUAAUCAAAUUGUGAAACUGUCUUGGAUCUGAACAUUAACAUGCAUCGCUUGCGGUACGGUUUUGGAAGCAUCUUUAAUACCAGGGAAAAAUAAAAUAGAUUCAAUUGAUACACAUUUUUAACAGGGUUAGUGUACUGUUCUGUUCCCCCAAGGCCAUAUCUCCACGUUCCAGCGAGAGAAAAUAUCCCCUCUGUAAUAAAGAUUUGCAUGCAUCUAUAAUCACAUUUGCGUAGUGGCAUACAGUUGAGCAGACACGUUUUUAGGAUUUCAAUUUUGUUUUUUGUUUUUUUACACGGUCUGGAAAAACAUUGGCAUUACAUAAAAACACAUUUCAUGCAUGUCUAUGUCAUUUACGUGAUAGAAGACAUGAGCAGAAUUUUGUAUUUUUUAUACCACACAAAUUGCCAAAUGCAGGCUACUGUGUAACUUGCUAUUCAGUAUCUUUGCAAAGAACCAUGGAUAGAUGAUGCCACUCAAGAACCUGCGAACUGCAAGGACAUGAUAGCUUGGGUGGAAUGCCUACCUGCUCCGAAUGUCAGCUGCCGCUUGUCCAACGGGACAGAGUUUCGGUUCAGCGGAGAGGAAGUGGGCUUCAACCAGAGCAUCCCCUGCAGGAAUGUGAGUGGUUACUCCUACAAAAUAGCAGUGGCCUUGUCCCUCUUCCUGGGGUGGUUAGGUGCUGAUCGUUUCUACCUGGGAUACCCAGCUUUAGGGCUGCUCAAGUUCUGCACUGUGGGCUUCUGUGGGAUUGGGAGCUUGGUGGAUUUCAUGUUGAUCUCAAUGCAGAUAGUGGGUCCAUCGGAUAAGUCUGACUACAUAGUGGACUACUACGGUGCCAGACUCACACGCCUCUCCAUCACCAACGACACCUAUAGAAGAACCCAGAUCUCACCCUGAGGGUGGGUACACGAGUAUAGCAUGUUAGACACGCCGCACCGGGGUACACGGGUGAAUCUCAAGUCUAUAGCAUGUUAGUUAGAGACAACAGUCAUUCGCUGUGUAAUUGUGGAAACCCAGAACAAACAUGUAAUGUAACUGCAUCCGCUACCAUUUACAUGUUAUGAAGUCUGUCCACGAGAGAUGAGCCACUUUAUAACAGUUUGCACGUCUUUUCACCUAACGGUGUACAUACACGACAUUGUUCGUCGAACAUCUCAUUCUAAAAUCAUGAGUUGGUCCCCCUUUUGCUGCAAUAGCAGCCCUCACUCUUCUGGGAAGGCUUUUCACUAGAUGUUGGAACAUUGCUGCGGGGACUUGCUUCCAUUCAGCCACAAGAGCAUUAGUGAGGUCGGGCACUGUUGUUGGGGCGAUUAGGCCUGGCUCGCAGUCGGCAUUCCAAUUCAUCCCAAAGGUAUUCGAUGGGGUUGAGGUCAGGGUUUUCUGCAGGCCAGUCAAGAUUUUCCACACCGAUCGCGACAAACCAUUUCUGUAUGGACCUUGCUUUUUGCACGGAGGCAUUGUCCUGCUGAAACAGGAAAGGGCGAGAUAUCAUGGCUGUGUGUUCAAUUUGAUACACCUGUCAGCAACGUGGUGUGGCUGGAAUAGAAGAUUUCACUAAUUUGAAGGGGUGUCCACAUACUUUUGUAUAUAUUGUCAUUUUGAAUGUCCACUUAUUACAUCUGCAUGACAUUCUUAUUACAGCUGUAUGACAUUCAAAAUUAUAUGUACAUGAGCCCACACUGUACAGUCUGCUAGGCAUCACAUGAGAAUUUAACACUGACUCUAUCAAAUAUAUAAGUUCAACAACAAAAUACUGCAUGCAACCUCUUUUCUGUCGUUUCAGGGCGAAAGUGAAAAACAACAACAUGCUGUCUGAAUGCUGUCGUUUUAAAUUAUGCCCCUCUUUUGGCAUCCGAUUUUUCACCCGACCAGCACAUACAAACUAUUCCGAGUCCACUUCUCCUGUCUGCAUGUACCCCCAAUGUCAGGAGUAGAGCCUGUGAAGCGAGACUUCGUCUCUCCUUGCUUCUUUGUCCUUCAUUCCUUGUCUUCUCAAAAUGCAUUUGAACAAUUGGAUACCACGAAAUUGGGGAGAAAAGGGGGUAAAAUAAAAAAAUAAAAAAUGCAUUUGAACAUCAAAUCUGAGGAGAUGAGGAUACAAGGAAAGACUUGAGAUUCACCCGUGGACACGAGCUCAGGUCCCGGAGGGUUACAGUACAGGCUUUUGUUCCAACACAACAUUAACCACACCGUGUAGCUCUCCAGUACCAGUGGGUUGAUGACCACCACCAUAGCGCUUCAAGUCAUCGUUGUUAUACUCCUAUGAGAAUCUAGAAUCUGCAAACAUAAUGUCAUCUGUGGUUUUUGAGUAUGUCUGGCAGCAAGGGAACUAAUUGUACCGUAUGACUGUCUUUUUGCUUUCAUUUUGUCAUUUGAGAUUUUUGUAAAUAAAGUGAUCAUUUAAUGAA